UUCCGUGUCACAGAAGUCAAACGGAAGGCCUGGUCGUGCUGCUCAUUCACAUAUGAAGUCAAAGCAGAUGGACUUCAGGACUUACUGAUCACCACGGACGAGACCCUAAUUCAAUUCUCGCGCGCAAGACCCAUUCGGCAGACUUUCUUUCUUGUCCGUCCAUGGGAUCGUCGUCUCCUUGGGCUGCCUGAUUUUUCAGAGCAGCUCACCUUUGCAGACGAAGGAGAGAGCGUAGCGGAUUGGUCCGAGUCCCAGUCUGGAUCAGACGACACUGAAGAGUCGUCCAGCAACUCACCUGGAGAAGAGGAGGUGUCAGUUGACUUGGAUGUUCACUCACAAUCAUUGCGUUUGAUGGUUCACCUUGGGCAGGCUUUCAGCGCACUUUUGUUAGCGCAGCAACACGUUGGAGAAUACAAGAGGGUUGCAUCGGACCAAUAUAUCAUUGCGCAGAUGAAAGACCCGGCUUCGAUUGACAUUACGAACAUCAAGACCCUAGACAUAUUGUAGCUGAAUGGUUUUUU